UUUAACAAAACUAAACUGUCUCCCUAACAGAAAUCUCCGAAAACUGCUCUCUUUCUUUCAAACAAAUUCCGUUGAAGCUAUCUGCCGCCUCAGCGACCAUCGCCGCCGGAAUUCCCAUUUCGGAAGGAAUUAAGAAAUCGAAGGGUACAGAAAUGGCUGUGUCCAUUCAUCAUAAUUUGAAUAGCGAAUUUGAGGAAUUUGAAGAGAAUUUCAGCUUUAAAUUGCAACUAAAUGAAGAAGAAAGCUUCAAGAACAAGACACCGCCACAAGACGAAGAUAAGGAGGUGGAAGAAGAAGAGGAGGAGUUUAGUUUUGCUUGCAUGAAUCCGGACAGGUCGCCGAUAUCAGCAGACGAUGUAUUCGUAAACGGCCAGAUCCGUCCAUUUUUCCCCUUAUUUAACAGAGAUCUUCUCUUAUCUGAAAGCGACUACGCGACUCAAGCUAAAAACACCACCUCCUCCUCACGUCCACCGUUAGAAAAAUUAUUGGUGGAAGAAUGUGAGCGCCACGCAGAAGAAGCAGAGGGACCCUACUGCACGUGGAAAAAGCCAUCAUCGGAAGUAUGUAAAAAGAGCAACUCCACCGGUUUUUCAAAGCUGAGGAGGUUUAGAGAAUUAGUUCUGAGAAGCAACAGCGACGGCAAGGAUGCUUUCGUCUUUUUCAAUCAUCAGAAUCACAAUAAUAAUAAUCAAAAAGCAGAGAAAAUUGAAAAAUCAGUAGUGGUGGAGGAGAAGAAACCGACGACAGAGAAGAAGAAAAACAAAACGACGUCGGCUCACGAGAAGUUGUACGUUAGAAACAGAGCGAUAAAGGAGGACCAUAAACGCAAAUCUUAUUUGCCUUAUCGGGUCGGGGUUUUCACUUAUGUUAACGGCUUGAGCAGAAACGUCCAUCCCUACUAAUUAUUUUUAAAAUUUGUUUAAAGUAGAUUUAAAUUUUUUAUUUAUUCAUUUUUUUCUAUGUAUAGUUAAGUCACUCAGAUAUGGUAUCUAAGGGUUUCUUGUAUGUUCAGUUUUACCCUUUUUAAUAGUUUUAAUCUAUUUAAGUA